AUGGAAGGAAUUUAUGAAGUAUCGUCUUCUGAAAAAGUCAAAUCUCUGGAAGAAGAUCUAAAGAAAGAGCUGAAGGAAUUACAAAAUGAGGUCGAAGAGGGAAAUUUCCUGAGCUCGUCUGCAGCGCCAAAGGCAUUCGGGUGAGCCUUGUUAUCAGUUCAGUCUUUUUAAACCUUUGUGGUGAAAAAAUCGUUAUCUUAUCUGUUUGUCAUCUAUCUGUGUUUGUAUUUUUCCAUUCGACAUCAGUUUAUGCUCAAGAUCAAGUCGCGAAGUUUGAAUGAAAAUGAUUAAAAAUUACUGUCGUAUUUUACUGAUUGUGGUUAGUUUUUUGUAAUCGACGAUACAAAAAAAGGUGACAGUUUCGAUUGCCAUGCUGACGAUGUCACGGUAUCAACUGAUCAAAGUUGACUAUACACUAUUAUUACCAAAGAUCUGAAGACUAAAAAUAAUUCACAGACAAUGAGGAUAAAUUAUUAAAUUACUGCUGACAGCUUUGUUCUGUCCUCACUUGAGAGUGUGUGAUAAAUAUUUGCUCUUGCCAGUGAUCAAGGUGUUUCCUUUUUCAAUUUUUUAUUCUCUAAAAGAUCUGUUCCGUUGCCUAAGGAUGUCGAUCACUUUAAAAGAGAAAGGAAGCUUGCCAUUAACAAAAGUCUUCAGGUACUGUAUUUAUGUAUGUUUGUUGUUGUUUGUAUGACUUUUAGUACGCCACUGUAAUUUUGGUUAUAAUGUACAUGAAAAAAUUACGAGCUUAAAUAUUACGUCAGUGUUCUAAUUGACAGAUAGCUGUGUUAAUCUUCACUUACCAAUGCAUACUCUCAAUCACCACAUACAUGUGUUAAAGAAGGAUUUAAGGAAUGUAUAUUCUAGUUAUGUUUAUCCUGUUGGCAUAUAACUUGUUUUCCUGCCCUUCUGUGGAUUUGCCUGUGGGAACCAUGGGUGUCAGUGAACUUUUUUUCCUAAAGCAGCCAUCUUGGUUUUGUGACAUCUCAAGCUUGACAGUAAAUCAGUUUAUUUGAUGACUUAUUCCUGCUUAUUCAACUGUUUUGCUAUAGAGAACAACAUGUUCAAGCUACACUAAAUCUUUCCUGGUGGAUUUUGCUCUACAGGUUCGCGAAGCUCAGCCUUUGAUUAUACAAUCAGAUGUGAUGCAAGAGGAGAUGACCAGCUGUUGUCAAGUAGAAUAUACUGCAAAGAGUAUUCCACUUUUGCUUCAUCAGGUCAGCUAAAAGUAAAGAGUCUUAAUUACACUUCUUUGUGGUUCUCAGAAUGACUGAUCACUUCAUGUGAUUUAAACAUAAUUGAUUUGAUACUAUUUUAAGAACUAGUAAAGCCUUUAUACAGGCCCAAGUGGCCCAUGGGGCCAGUGCUUAACUCCAGUUUUCUUAGCAUGAAGCGGCUAGGAGUAUUGCCACUCCCCCCUGGAUGGGAUGCGAGUCCAUCGCAGGGUUACCACCAGCACAUUUGCUGAUACCCAUUUGUACACCUGGGUGAAGAGAAGCACUGUGAGAGUAAAGUGUCUUGCCUAAGAACACAACACAAUGACCCUGGCCAGGGCUUGAACCUGGACCACCAGAUCCAGAGUUGAGCACACUAACCAUGAGGCCACCACACCUCCACUGAAUUUUUGUUUUUCUUUUUCACAGUUUUUCGUGGACAGAAUAGAACACUUGGUUCAGUGUAAACACAUGCACAUGCUGCGCUGGGCCCGUUUCUGUGAGCACACAAAGGCCAUAGAAAAUCUGUUUCCUGUGUACCAGAAAAGGCUCAGGUUAGAAUGCCAGACCCGCUUAUUACUCACUGACAAUUAAGAACUCUUUACAUCCAUUACAUCAGUAUGCAUAUUAUCCAUAUUUCUCUCUAUACAUUUCCUAUGAUACUGACGAGGAGGAUAUAUUACACACUCAAGGGCUUCUUUAGUUGGUGAUAAUCUUCUUUAUUCUCAUGACUGUAAUGUUGGAGUUGGUACAGAUAUUGUUUGGGGAAAUUAGAAGCUGGUCAAUCACAGGAAUGAAAGGGUGAAUUGCAGUUUUGUAUUAUGUGGUUUUAAAAUGGGCCAUCCACCAUUGAAUUUUUAGCAUAUUUAGAAGAAAAGUUUGGUUAAUACAGAUAUUCUUUGGAGUCUCAAAUUGCACAUGAAGUUACUUGUUUUAUAUACUUUUCCAUAGCUGAGAUAAAAAUUAGAGUAUACUUCUCCUUUUACCCCUAAACUUUUUAAAGAGUGACCAGCAUCUAAUUUCUCCUGACAUUAUCAUUGUAACCAAAGAUUGAGAUCAGGAGAAUUAAGGAAAUGAUCACCAACUUAUACUCUUUUGAUUGUUAACCAAAGUCUCACUGGCAGUGCCACAGGAAUGUGUAGAGAAUAGUGUGGAUAAAUGAUGCAUACUGACGUCACAUAUUAUGUUCCUAGGCAAGCAUUCCUUAUAUUCCUAGUCGAGCUCUCAGGUCUGCUGACCAACUUCCACUGGAGCAACCAACACACAAGCUCAAAUUGACUGGCUUGAGGGCUUUCUCAGUGUGUGCGCCUUACCUCUAGAACUAUUUGGUUCCAUUUGAGAUUAAAAGCAGCGCAUCUGUCUCUAUUUUUAAAGCUAAGCUUAAGACCUAUCUUUUUCGACAAGCAUAUUUUUAGACUUUAAAUUUUUAUUUAAUUAUAGGUUAUGAUAAUUUGACACUGUAAAGCGCAUUUGGGCGUUAGGAAAAUGCGCUAUAGAAAUAAAUUAUUAUUAUUAUUAUUAUUAUUAUUAUUAUUAUAUCCGACUAAAUUUGAACUUUAUUCGGCGAUAUCCAUCAUACUGUAUCUCAGGAUUGAAGAUAUUUCACGGUAAAGAUACAUGUCAUAAUUGUGGUAGGACUCUCUUUGUGAAUAAGCGCAGUGGAACAUGAUUAACCCUUCUUUACCUCCUCUGAUAUUAUUAGUUAUAUCAUGGAAGAAUAUCAAGAUUGUCUCCAGCGCGCAAGAAGGCUGGCCGUGGCAUGUGAAGUAACUCUAGCGGGAGGUGAUUCGGCGAUGAGUGUAGUUACCAUGGAUGAUCUGCUGAUUUACAGUCGAUGGUUUAUCUGUAUGUUGCAUUCAGUGAAGAAUAUUCAUGCAUUCAUCAGGGUGAGUGUGUUUUUACGAGUGUAG